GCAAGGCAGACACAGUGUUGCAUAGUUACAAUAAUCUUCCCAUGGCCCUGUUUAAAUGAAUUACAGUGACAGAUGUUCCAUUCUACAGAUCUCCCAGGAGGCCUGGCUGGCAGUCCGUCAGCCCCUGAAAUCCUAUUACCUAGUUUGAAGAAAUAAAAAAGUUAAUCAUCUCCUCUUGCUUCCCAACUCCCUCUCAUCACCUGCUUCACGGAGGCAUCGCUAACUUCUCUCUCGGUUGCCAAAGAAGCCCAUGCUGAAGUUAUAUGCCGCUGCACAGUGUAUAUAAAUCAAAGAUUUAAUUUCAAACUGUGGGGGAGAUACAGUACUCAGAACGAAGUGCUAGAGCUGCCUUGCAAGGACAGGGCGAUGGAAAAGGCAAAGGAGAGCACCCACAGGCCGGCUUCAUUGAAGUCUUCCAUUUGAUUUUCACAGCAAGCAGCUUCUUGUACAGAUUUCUUUGAUCAAGGCAGCACUGGGGAAGGAAAGAGGAAGGAGCAGUCUUUCCACAGGUCUGCAAGAGAAGCGGCUUUGAAUCCCAGGUCUGCAUUCCUGCUCUCUCCUGGACCAAGGACCUCUGAAAUAAAUUAGAGAGGCUGGCUGCUAGCAAUGCCCCUCCAGUCAGACAUCCUCCGUGAGGUGUGGACAUCAGAUGGUGCAAGUGAGGAACCUGGGAGCCCUCAGCAGCAGAAACUUAAUAAGCAGCCUCACCUGCUGGAGCAGAAGCCAAAGAAGAAACGGCAGGAGGCUACUUCACUGGAGGCCAAGCCAAAAAAGACCAGAGUGAAAAAGCAGGAGGAAUCAAGCCCUGCGGAAGAGCCAAGUGCCCCCCGACCAGCUGCUGUCAAAAAAGCGAGAAAGAAAAAGGAAGAGAAGCCAGAAGAAGAAGGUGAGAAGGACCCACCUGCCAAAUGCACCAAAGAGCCCAGGAAGAAGAAGGAAGCUGCCUCUUCUCAUCUCAUUGUGACCAAGGCAUCAAAAAAGAAACAAGAGGACUCUGAUGAAGAAGAAGAAGAUGAUGAUGAUGAAGAGGCGGAAGAUGAUGUAGAAAGCGAAGAUCCUCCAAAGAAACCCAAAAGGAAGAUCCACAAAGAUGCUCCAUCUGCUGGCAUUAAGGAAAGGAAGCCCAAAAGUAAAGGAGACAAAGCUGAAGCUGAUAUCAAGACAAGAACUGUCAAGACGCUGAAGAAGGAACCAGUGUCUGUGUUCCAAGUCAAUGGGGACAAGAAGGAGAAAAAAGUUAAAAAGAAAGAUCUGAAAGAUAGUGAGACAGAAGGUGAUUCUGAUUCUAGCACCAAGCCAACAAAAACUGAAAAAAAGAAGAGCACAGCUUCCAUGUUUCAGGCUGGAGCAGAAGGCUCCAAGGAGAAGAAAACUAAAAAGAAAGCUCCUCUCAAAGCCACUGAAAAUGAAAGUGAGGAUGAGCCCACAGAAGCAGCAGCUCAAAAGAACACCAACAAGAAAGGAAAAACAAAGAAAUCCAAGAAGAAGGAUGAGAGACCGCCUUCCCCAGUCAUUGAAGUGGACAAUCUGGAGGAAUUUGUGCUACAGCCAGCUCCGCAAGGAGUGACCAUUAAGUGUCGGGUCACUCGAGACAAGAAGGGGAUGGACCGGGGCCUCUAUCCUACAUACUACCUUCAUUUGGAUAAUGACAAAAAGGUCUUCCUACUAGCCGGUCGCAAGCGCAAAAAGAGCAAGACCUCUAACUACCUGAUUUCCAUUGAUCCCACUGACUUGUCUCGGGGUGGAGAGAACUUCAUUGGAAAGCUGAGAUCCAAUUUGAUGGGUACUCGGUUUUCGGUGUUUGAUAAUGGCGUGAAUCCUGACAGAGCAAAUUCGGAUUGGUCAAAUGUGCGCCAGGAGCUUGCAGCUGUUGUUUAUGAGACAAAUGUAUUAGGAUUCAAGGGGCCUCGAAAAAUGACAGUGAUUAUCCCUGGAAUGAAUUCAGACAAUGAGAGGGUGCCAAUCCGACCCCGAAAUGAUAAUGAUGGGCUGCUCAUCAGAUGGCAAAACAGGAUAAUGGACAACUUAAUCGAACUGCAUAACAAAGCCCCAGUGUGGAAUGACGAGACCCAGUCUUAUGUGCUCAACUUCCAUGGCAGAGUUACUCAUGCCUCUGUCAAGAACUUCCAAAUUGUCCACAGCAAUGACGUGGACUACAUCGUCUUGCAGUUUGGCCGUGUAGCUGAUGAUACUUUCACCCUGGAUUACAACUACCCACUGUGUGCUGUGCAAGCUUUUGCCAUCGCCCUAUCCAGCUUCGAUGGGAAGCUGGCUUGCGAGUAGCAUGUCAUGCCUAGGUUGUCCUGAGUCUGGGCCAGAGAGGCGGAAUCAAAACAAAGCCCCUUCUAUCUGGACUGUCUGCUGCAGACAAGAAUUUGUCUGAUGAUAUAAAGCAAAUGAGAUAGUGUGAACAGGAAGAACAGCUUAACUGGUAUUGCUAAAUGUUUCCAACAUGCAACUGGGAGGAGGAGAAGAAGAAGAAGAAGAAGAAGAAGAAGAAGAAGAAGAAGAAGAAGAAGAAGAAGAAGAAGAACUUGCAGAAUCAAUAAGCACGAACACAUAGUCAGAGAGUAGGUUUAGUUGGCAACACCAUAUGCACACACAUGUCCUUGGCAUUUGCCUUGUAAAAGAAACAGUGCUAAAGCCCCAGCAAAACAGCUGCUUUACGCUGCAGUAUUCUGGAAGGUCCAUAACUCUAGGACGCUAAAAAACAAAACAGAGAAAAAAUAAUCUCUGUUAAGUUACUUACUGCCAAGGGAUUUGGAACCAGCUAAUGGUCUCAGGCUAUCAAACAGUCACUUCCUGCAUAUAUAUACUUAACAGUUAAGACUAGCCAUUGUUUGGUUCUUUGAAUCCCAGAAGAAUUUGACUUCUUUAGAUUAUUGGUGGGGUGGGUGGUUCUCUUUGAUAAUUUAUAAUUUACAUGUGGAAUUUUUACAUGGAUGCUGGGGUUUCUUUUCUCUCUACUGAUAACUAUCAAUAAAACAGUAAGUGGUGGGACAAGCUCCAAUUUCUUGACAUUUUAAAAAUCAUGGUCUGCCUAGCUACUAA